GCCUGGCGCGCGGGGUGCACCUAGCAGAGCGCGAGCUGUCCAGCGCCAAGUUGCGUUUGGGGUUGGCGCGGCAGGUCACGUGGUUGGAACGCGGCGGUGCGCGGGGCGUUGGGGCAGCGGGUCUGAGACUCUGGUGGCACCGGCGGCGGCGUGGGACCGAGGCGUCGCUAGGCACUGGCGCGUGGCCGUGUUCCGGCAGCUUCAAACCAGUGCAAUGGCAAUGCCAGUCAAUGGGGCCCACAAGGAUGCUGACCUGUGGUCCUCACAUGACAAGAUGCUGGCGCAACCCCUCAAAGACAGUGAUGUUGAGGUUUACAACAUCAUUAAGAAGGAGAGUAACCGGCAGAGGGUUGGAUUGGAGCUGAUUGCCUCAGAGAAUUUUGCCAGCCGAGCAGUUUUGGAAGCCCUAGGCUCUUGCUUAAAUAACAAAUACUCUGAGGGGUACCCGGGCCAGAGAUACUAUGGCGGGACUGAGUUUAUUGAUGAGCUGGAGACCCUCUGUCAGAAGCGAGCCCUCCAGGCCUAUAAGCUGGACCCACAAUGCUGGGGGGUCAACGUCCAGCCCUACUCAGGCUCCCCUGCAAACUUCGCCGUGUACACUGCCCUGGUGGAACCCCAUGGGCGCAUCAUGGGCCUGGACCUGCCGGAUGGCGGCCACCUGACCCAUGGGUUCAUGACAGACAAGAAGAAAAUCUCCGCCACGUCCAUCUUCUUUGAAUCUAUGCCCUAUAAGGUGAACCCAGACACUGGCUACAUCAACUAUGACCAGCUGGAGGAGAACGCCCGCCUCUUCCACCCGAAGCUGAUCAUCGCAGGAACCAGCUGCUACUCCCGAAACCUGGACUAUGCCCGCCUGCGCAAGAUUGCAGAUGAGAAUGGGGCAUAUCUCAUGGCAGACAUGGCACACAUCAGCGGGCUGGUGGUGGCUGGCGUGGUGCCCUCCCCAUUUGAACACUGCCACGUGGUGACCACCACCACUCACAAGACCCUGCGAGGCUGCCGAGCUGGCAUGAUCUUCUACAGGAAAGGAGUGCAAAGUGUGGAUCCUAAGACUGGCAAAGAGAUUCUGUACAACUUGGAGUCUCUCAUCAACUCUGCUGUGUUCCCUGGCCUGCAGGGAGGUCCCCACAACCAUGCCAUUGCUGGGGUUGCUGUGGCCCUGAAGCAAGCUAUGACCCUGGAAUUUAAAGUUUAUCAGCACCAGGUGGUGGCCAACUGCAGGGCUCUGUCUGAAGCACUGACGGAGCUAGGCUACAAAAUAGUCACAGGUGGUUCUGACAACCAUUUGAUCCUCGUGGAUCUCCGUUCCAAAGGCACAGAUGGUGGAAGGGCUGAGAAGGUACUGGAAGCCUGUUCUAUUGCCUGCAACAAGAACACCUGCCCAGGUGACAGAAGUGCUCUACGGCCCAGUGGACUGCGGCUGGGGACCCCAGCACUGACGUCCCGUGGACUUUUGGAAAAAGACUUCCAAAAAGUAGCCCACUUUAUUCACAGAGGGAUAGAGCUAACCCUGCAGAUCCAGAGCGACGUUGGCGUCAGAGCCACCCUGAAGGAGUUCAAGGAGAGACUGGCAGGGGAUAAAUACAAGGGGGCCGUGCAGGCUCUCCGAGAGGAGGUCGAGAGCUUCGCUUCUCUCUUCCCUCUGCCUGGCAUGCCCGACUUCUAAAGCCGCUGGCCCACUCUGAACCUGCCUGCGCCACAGAGGAAGCUGUCUGCUGGAGGACCACCCCCGACCUUGAGAGAUGGAUGAGCUGCUCCACAGGGGACCCAUUGACCUGACUACUUGUGCCCUUUGAGGGGGUUUCUUGUGGACUUUUUUCAAGUUUUCUUCACAAAUCAAAAUUUGUGUAAGUCUCAUUGUUAGUAAUUAUGGGACAGGUAAUUAAAGGAUUUAAAUUUGAACCUGGCCUUCUCACAGCUGGAUGUAAUUAUUCUCUAAAACUAAAAUACUGUGUAGCCUCUUGACCAUAAUCACUUAGACCAUGGUGUAGGGCAAAGCUAUUACAAAGAAUCUAGCGUUGUACUCUCCCUGGGCUCUGCUCUUCCUUACUGCAACAGAGAAGAAAUGCCCAUGUCCGCAGCUUGGAAACACUGCCACACUUACUAUCUUGUUAUCCAGAGGCAUGCCAAAGGAGAGCUAAUUCAGCCUCUGAAGCUUCUGCUGUGUACCGUAAAUCAGAAGUCUAUGUUAGCCAAGCGUACACAAGUUGCACCCCGUAUGGCGGGAAGGUUUUGCUGUCAGUAGCUCAAAAUAUGCUGUAGAUUGUUUUCUAGUGGAUUCAAAAAAAAAAAAAAAUGGUGUAGAAAUGGUAUUCUCCUCCCUCCAUCCUGGUGAGAGAAUCAACCAGGCUUUCCUGCUACCAACUCCCUCCCAUAAUCAGGAAGCCAAAUGUCACCUUCCCAAAGAAACUUUAUUUUCACAUAGCUGAAGUGCAAAACAUAGAUGACCAUUUUUAAUAAGCACAAUCAAAUUUUUAACCACAGAAUGUCUACAAGAAUUAUAGCUUUAAAAAAUACAACCAAUUUUUAUAUUUCAAAAAUAUUUGAACUCAAAUAAAUUAAUUUCUUAAAAAGUA